CUGAUCCUACCCCGGGGACGGAAUCAGGGACAGCCACAUAUGUCACUCAAGAGAGACGUUGUCUCGCCAUGUGGCUCACUACAACAAUUUCAAUGUAAUUUAUUUUUACGACAUUUUAUCUAGUGUUUAUUUUAUAACAAUAUAGGGCCCGUAAGAAGACUGAACACAAGCAUCGAGUCAGUGGUUGACAUUGUGCAUUAGCUCCGGUCCAGUCCAGUCCAUUGCAGUGCUGAGCCCUUAAGCCACGUUCAACCCCCCCACUGAGCUGGUUUGUUCACAAACUACUGGUCACUGCUAGGGGAAGGGAAGACCGGGAAGGUCACAGGGUUUUGUCCCCACCAUGGACAGUAUGCUAGAGAAUCUGUCAAAAACUGAGUUUAUCAGCAUUUGUGUUCGUGAUCCAAGGCUUCAUAAAGAUCACCUCUGGCAGACACAUCUCGACUACGAGAUUUGUUUACAAACCAAUAGCAUGUGUUUUCGAAAGAAGACUUCCUGUGUAAGGCGGCGUUACAGUGAGUUUGUUUGGCUGCGUGACGGUCUGGAACAGAAUGCUCCGAUCAUGGAGUUGCCCAACUUGCCGCCCAGGAACCUGUUCUUCAGUCCGGGGAACAAAGAGCAGGUCUUGCAGAGGAUGAAGGGCUUCCAGGAGUUUUUAGAAAAUGUUGUUCAAAUACCUUUGUUGUUAUCGGAUAGUCGACUCCACCUGUUCCUGCAGUCAGACCUCAGCGUCACAAAGAUGGCAAAGUGUGCGUCUGGUAAGACCAGGUACACAGUGGCUGAAGCCAUACAGCGUUCCGGCAGCGGUUGCAUCAGCAGACUAGAAGACAAGGCCUCCUUUGACUCUGACUGUGAAAGCAGCUGUUCUUCGUCAGGCUUGGGAGGAAGUGUGGACACUCCAGUGCGAUGAAGCCCCGCCCCCUUCCUCGAGAUACUCCAUGGAGCUCUUGAUUUUCUUAACUUUCCUUCCAAAGAACAUGUUUUACCAUUCAUUAUUCCCCUUAGACAUUUGUUGUUUUAAUAAUGUGCUUUAGUUUUCUCUUAAAGCAAAACCAUAGUAAUUUAAUUCAGUGUGUCUUGUAAAAAAGAUCAAGUUUUAUGUAUACAUUUUUAUUUGCACUGAAGCUGUACGGAGGUUAGCAAGGGAUUGUGAGUUUUAGAAAAAUUUGAAUACUUUUUAUGUUAAUGGAUGAAAUAAAUUGUUAUAAAUUAACAAUGGAUGAGACAUUGGUUUAAAGGAGGGGAACAAGGCUUGCUUAUUUGACUAUUUUGUAUAAUAUGGAAAUUGAAUUUGGCCAGCAUGUUUCUGUCUUUUGCUGAGCCUUGACAUGCAAGUGUUGAAUUCAGUGCAACAGUCAUGCAUUGUUGUAACAGCCCAGUAGAGGGAGUGUAGACAUCAUAUAGGACCUCAAACUACUGAGGACAUCAGCAGGGGGAUGUAAGUCUACAAUACUGGUAAAGUUGACUCAGACUUGAUUACCACUAUAGUUGAUUGUGUGCUGAUUCUUUUGUAAAUCUUUUUAAACCAUUGUUGGUGCAAGACUAUAGCAUGCAAUUGAGUUGCCCUUAGUCUAAAAUAGUGAUCAAUUCCAUAUUAAGCUGCGCUGGGUAUGAUAAAUGUUUGUCUGUGUACUCUUAUGGUGGUUAUUUAUAAUUGUUCAAAAUUGUCAAUGUGGCUCUUGGGACAGGGAAAUGGAACCGAUAAACCUUCAGUGUGCAAAAGUCCUUCAUGAAGGUUAGGUUUACUACUUGUU